UAUAAUAGUAGCCUGACAGAGCUUUUGAAGAGAAACGAAAAGAACAAGAAGAAAGAGAACAACAAAUCAGAGAACAAAUACUUCAACAAAGAAAAGAGAAGUUUGAAGAAGUCACUGAAAAAUUCCAACGUGCCCAUAUUCCUCUUUCACAACGGAGGAGAGCAGGUACUCUAACUAUACCUUCUAUGAGAGGUCUGCCGAGAUACACACAGCCCCAUUCCAGAGACAGAACUGUGCCAUCUGGCAUUGGACAUUGAGAAAUGUUCCUGUAUUAACGGUCAGACACAAGCCUGAGUAGACAUCAAGACUCAGAGAUCAUCGAUAGGGUAAAGGAUAUAGACCUCCCUGCAUUCUUAUUCCCUGUUCAUGUAAAGCUUUUCAAAAACCAGUUCCUCCUUUGGAAGAAGCCCUCAAACAAAUUCAGGAAUCCAACUUAAAAUCAGAAGUAAACCUUCCCUCUUCCCAUAGACCAACAGUAAAUUGGAGAUCCAUUCCUGCCUGUCCAGCUGUUCCCACACCUUAUCCCUGCUUACCUGUUCAGCUGUCUCCUGUGCGGGCCCCACUGCUAUCCCACCAUUCCCAGAUCCUCCCUAGCUGUCCCACUGUUUCUACCCCCCACCAGCCCCAAGCCCUGCCUGUCCGCCUGGCUGUCCCCUCUGUUCCUCCAAAGACCUUUUUACCAGCCCCAAUACUGUCCUCCCCGGUCAGGUAUCUUCCUCACCCCCCAGCCCCAGUAACCACCAGCUUUUCUAGCAGCUUCCCCCGUCUACCAGCCCCAAUGCCUUCUGGCCAACCUGACCGUGUGCCCCACCCACCCCGAAGUUCUGUGGUCAUCCCUGAUCCUGACUCACAGGGCCAGUUAUUCUACAAAACUUUCAGACCCAGACAUUGCCCCCCACAGCAUUGUACUCCAGCCACUCUAAUGCCUGCCCUUGUUCGUCGUUCCCUUCCAGCUCGACUGGUUGUAUCCCCAGUCCCCAUGGAAGCUCUCCCUGCUUUGAAGCCUUCCUAUUUACCCAGUCACCUCCCUCAUCAGCCAGCCCCCACUCUCCCUGAUACCAGUCUGGUGCCUGCACAUCCCACUAUCUUAGAUCCUUUCCGGUCAGCCCAGCGGUCUGUUCCACAAACCACAACAUUGUCAGAUCUGUCCCAGGCCUUUGUAGACCAUUCUCUGGCCUCAGUCCCCUGCCAUCUGCCUCCCUGUCACUCUCCCUGCUCCUCUUUGUCUCCAUCACCUUCCACUUCCACAUCCUCUCCAUCCAUUCUGUCCUCUCCCUUCCUCUCCUCUCCCACUUCUCCAUCCUUACCCCCUUCAUCCACCCCUCUUUUUUCUUCACCUCUGCAUUCAGCUCCCUCACCAUAUUUGCCUCCAACAUGUUUAAAUUUUCCCUUUCCAGCCUGUCCUGUUUCUUCCUCCUUUCCCCCCGUGCUUUACUCUCCCUCUCUUCCUGCCUCCCCAUCUCCUUUUAUUCCUGUUCAUCCCCUCAACCCUCAUCCCUGGGGGAAGAAAGUAGAGAAGAGAAGAGAAGCAAGUGGAAUAGAGAAGAAAGAAAUAGAGAAGAAAAAGUUGAGAGACGUCAACUUUAAAGAGCUAUAGAUAAUGCCUUGCCUUCAUCAUUGUCAAAAAAUGGUCACAAGCAUCAGAAACAUCUCUUAUCCAAAAUCAAUUGUGAUAAAGAAAUGAAGGAAAACAACAGGGCAAACUUGGCUACUAACAAAGAUGCGUUCCAGCUUACACUGGAAGAAACUCAGAAACUCCUAGAAGAUCAGCAUCUAAGCAGUUUGCAAAAAUUUUGUGAUGAAGUUAAUCAAAUAACAAACUCUGAAACCCUCUCAAGUAUAGACAGUCUCGAGGCUGGGGAACAUGAAGAAAUAUAUUUAACAAUUAACAAGGAGCUUUCCACAUCAAACCAGCAAAAUUCUGUUUCUCUCAAAUCAGUAAAUCUACAAUCAACAAAUCUAAGCUGCUUUGAUGAAGAUAAACUGUCACUCUCUAAAACUCAACAUAUAAAUAAUUGGCUCAUAAAUGUACAUGAUCCAGAUACUCGGACUGUCACUCCUUUCUCAGAUAUUUUAAGUAAACCUAAUGUUCUAUCUUCUCAUGAACGUUUUAAUGGUACAGAACAAAAUCCACCUGUGGAAAGAGUCGCAAAUACUGCUAAUAAUUCAGUAACCUUUGUGUAUAGUCCUCCCGUAUGUGUACAAGAUGGAAAAAACAAAGAGGUCUCCAAAACCAGUGCUGUGAGAACAACUCAAUCCUCUUCUGGAGUGUUCAGAAGAGAGAGACCCUCUGUUACUGAGAGCCCGGCAUUUAAGUUCAGCAGGUUCUCUAACCGCACCACUCCAGACUCCCUAACACAGGAAACGGCUGCAUCUACAGACCAAGGGAAAAAUUCCGAAUUAAUACAGGAAAAUAGAACUACUUCAGUUCCUACUUCAUUUGUACCCACAGCGACACCUUUGUUUUUGCCUAAUACGCAAUCAGCUAGGCCCCUACCAAACAGCAGCCUACAUAUAAAAGAAAUCGACGCAGUGCAGUGUUCUGAUAAGUUAGGAGAAUUGAAAAAUGUAACAGAUGAGAAGAUAAAAUAUUUUAAUUGUAAUAAGGAAGACUGGCCUUUAUUUUCAGAUGAUUUUCAAGUUGCCUAUAUACCUCACAACUCUGAUUCAAAAGAUAGAAAACAAAAAAUAGCGGAAACAUCAACAUCAGUGUCUAACGUAAUCUCUAACUGUGACUUAGUCGGUCAGCACAAGAAAAUGAAAUACAACAUUCAUGAGAGAAACGGUGUAAGGUUUCUUAAAAGCAUUUUAAAAAAAGAAUCUAAAUACGAACACGAUUGUUUUAAGGCACUAGUUAUAAACCGAAGCUUUAAGUUCGGAAAUCAAAGAGCAGCAGCUAUCAGAGAUAGUAUUGAAUUAACAAAAGAAAAAGGUACAGAAAUUCCAAAGACUAUUAAAAAACUGAGGUGGUUUGAUGAAACUGGAGAUACAGAAAAAACUGCUGCGGAUACUCAUUCAUUGAAGAAGAGAACAGAACUAUCUCAACAGUGGUCUCAACCAUUCCACGUUCAGACUAAAAGUGGUGCUGCCAGCAACAUCAUUAACGCUCCUGCCUGUCCUGUGAAUUCUGCUGAGGGAACAAAGCCCACGGAGGGCUCUAUCUCUGAAAAUGCCGCUGCUUUAGGAGAACCUGGAACAGACCGUGCGCCUCGGAGCUGUCUCAUACCUUCAGGUUAUGAUGUUGCUAAACAAGCGUGGCCAGCCUCAGAAAAAGAGGAAAGCCAAGCCCCUACACCUAGUGGUAAUUCUAAAGCUCAGAAAGCUCACCCACGAAGAGGUGGCACAAAAGUCGUGAGGAGAACAAGGUGUGCUCAAGCCCAGGCACACUCUGCGUGUACCAGCAGAAAAGGCACUGUCGUUCGGCCACAGUCCGCAAGCAAAGCUGACGCAUUUUUACCAGCUCGGGGUAGACUGACUGUGCCUCAUCCUCCCCCUAAGUCUCCGUCACAUAUGAGGGGUGGUAAAGAUACACAGGUGUCUCAGUGUCCAUCAGUAACGCUUGAAAAUUCUCAAAACGUCAUGACACAAAACUAUUUUAAUCCACAACCUGUGCUUCCAACAGAACACAGGUUAAAUGAAUGGAAUCAAGAAAGUAGUUUUCCGCCCUCAGAUGUUUGCUCUGAAUUAGCCACUACGAUGCCUUCUCUGCCAUACUGUUCUCCUGAGUGCCGAACUUUAGCAAAAAUACAUCUUUCAAAUGGCAUGCAAACGGUUGCCCAGCAAGGUGGGGUGUUUCACUGCACUCACAGAUGUCCUGUUUAUGAAGAAAGUCAUCACACUGUGACUCUUAGAACUACUAAAGAAGAAUCUGUUCCCUUGUGGAAAAGACGAAAUAAUAUCCUAGGUCAAAAUGAAAAGGCUGCUGGAAUCUACAUCUUAUUUUUAUUUCUUACUUCAACAGCAAACAGAAAAUUUAAGCAAGAUUCUACUGUUUUAAGAAGAAAACGAAUUGUUGAAAAUAAGCAGAGGCGUCUUUUAGAACAGAAAAGACAAAAUUCUGGAUAUGUGGGACAGAAGUACAAUGAGCAAAUGAAUAAUUUUGGACAAAGUGUCCAGCUAAGUUCAAGGGAGCCAAAACAAACAACAAGGGGUACUUCUGAUGUUGAAGAAGUUUCAGAUAGUACUUCUGAGUUUUUGAUGGCUGAAAACCUAGUGAAAGCUUCAGUGCCUGAGGAUGAAAUUCUCACUGUCAUAAAUAGCAAGCAGCUACAGAAACCAAAUCUGACUUCAAAUAAGACCCCACCGUUCAACAUCUGUGCACUGUCAGCUGAUGAACAGAAGAUCCUACAGUCCCUCAGUCGUCUCAAUGAGAGGCUGUCCUAUGUACAAGAAACCAUUUGCAAAAAUCCAUCCAUCAAAAAUACCUUACGAAUAAUACCAUUUCUGAACAGCCAGCCAAGGACCAGUCUAUCUCCUGAUGUUGGAUCCAGAGUGCAGAGAAAAUACUGAUGAAGAAUAACAGUAACUAUUAAAUGGAAUCAUUAUUUUUGAUAAUCUCCUGUAAAUAUAUCCUAGAUUUCUGCAUUUGUUAAUAAUUUAAAAUACUAUAACCAUAAAAUAAAGGUAAAUCAUAACAUGGGUAAUGGAGAUAAAUUGACUAGUUUACAUUUAUGCUACAAGUUUAUUAUGUAUUUUGUUGAUACAUUUUUAGUGAAUGGAAAUGCUUCAUUGUUUUUAAUGGGCAUGCUUCUGAAAAUAAAUUCAUUAUAUUUAAAAAUACAACAGGAUAUUUUGUUAUUAAAAUUAUGUAUUAGCUAUAGUUGUGAAGCUUUGUUUUUCUAAAAUUCCUAAUAAAUUCUAUUAAAUUUUGGUA